AUGUCCGCCCCACUCCCGACCAUGCCGGACUCAUGGCAUCUCGAACCACCACACCGCUCUCACGGUCACCACCUAUCCUCUGAUCCUUGGGACACCAACUCCCCAGCUGGUUCAUCCACGCCGAUACCUAUACCGACCCAUUACCCGAACCAUCCCGCUCCUGGCCCGGGUAUUCAAGACGCGCUCGGCGCGUUGGCCAGAAAUACGAGCUCGGACAGGCGGAAGGGCAAAGAGAGGGAGCGGGAGGUGAUGGAGCUGGUUCGGUAUGAGGCGCCGGUGAGGUUCGCGGUGAUGGGGGAUAUGAUGGAUACGAGCAAGGGGCGAGAUAAGGUCUUGAAAUGUGUCCAGUACUCGCUCAAGACGUAUCUAUACCUUCUAUCGCUAGUCGUCCGUAUACGGCCAUUAUCAAGGUGGUUCCUGGCCAACAGAAAGAGGGUCACGCAGGCCGUCAGUAGCCUCAGUCUGACCCGGAAAUGUCUCAUCCUCCUCACCCCCCUCCAUCCUCUCUCACACCUCCUCUCCCCCUCCCCCACCUCCGCACCCACGAUACUACGGCACCUCAUGGACCUCGCCAGCGGGAUCUCAGACGAUCUCUUCUGCCUGAGCCGGCUCGGUCUGGUCAGUAAACGCCUAGGCGCAUCAGGGGACAAGUGGUCAAAUCGUCUAUGGUUCACGUCGACGGUGAUCGCGCUAUACAAGCUGCAUCUACAGACUCUACCUCGGCUGCGCUCCUCAGUAGCAUUGGUGGUGUCUGACGACAAGGCGCAGAGAGAGCUAUCCGAUGCGGAAUGGACAAAUCGGAAACUGCUCGCGGAUCUCAUCUUCUCAUCGUACGAUGUCUUUCACCUCACAUGGUUCGCCGAACCAGUCAAGUGCUUCACUGGUCUUGCCGCGGGUAUCAUCAGCACAACCAAGAUUUACGACCAACACUGGCGCGCCAGCUUAGGUAAGGGGUAG